CGACUACCAUUUAUAUAUCUUUCUCGCAAACCUAUCUAGGAACACCUCUGCAUUACUCCAAAAACACUAUCAUCAUCAUCAACAAAACAGUGAGAGCCAAACCAGGUGAGUGAGUUAGGAUCCCAAUGGGCAACAGUUUGGGAAGCAAAAAGAAAGCAAAGGUUCUGCAAAUUAGUGGGGAGACAUUGAAGUUGAAGACGCCGGUCCAAGCAGGUGAGGUAGUGAAGGACUACCCUGGUCACGUUUUGCUUAAAUCCCAAGAGGUAAAGCAUUUGGGGAUCCGAGCAAAGCCUUUGGAGCCACACCAACACCUUGAGGCCAAGGGAGUCUACUUCCUUGUGGAGUUGCCAAAGGCUAGUAGUAAUAGUGACAAUCCAAAAGAGAGAGUUCCGAGGAGAGUCCGGUCCGGAAUACACAUGACUGCCAAGGACAGGCUUGAGAGUUUAAUGCUGUCUCGGAGGUCGGUUUCCGACCUCUCCACCAUGAAAUCGAUACCCGAGAAAUCGCAAGAUGGGCCGGUGCGCGUGAGGAUGAGGCUUCCCAAGGCUCAAGUUGAGAUGCUCAUGCAGCAGAGCAGAGAUGAGGAAGAGGCAGCAGAGAAGAUUAUGGAUCUGUACAUGGUUAAUGCCAACAUUGGUGGUGAGACCAAUGAGAAGGAUGGUCAUGGAAGAGUGGUUAGACAAGGCACCAAGACGCGUGAGAAGCGAGUGAGCUUCCGACCGGUCGAUGAAGGAGAAAUACAAAUAGCUGUGGCUUCUUAACGAGUAGAGGGCAGCCGGUAAUGGAAAUAUUUGUGGUGGUCCAGACUUGAAGGCUCUACUGUCUAUAGUCUCUUUCAGUCUGCCCAGUUUCCGAUCAACCAACUUAUGUGAUCAAGGGUUAAUUACGUUAGACUGAUGUAGAAUGAGUUCUUGUAGUCAUAUGGUGAAGAACUUCUUUUGUUCUUGAUCCAUAUGAAUGUGUCAAUGAACCCAAAUAUACAGUUUUGAUAAAGUUGAAUUAUAAGAUUAAA